AGAGGCGCUCACCGCCUAUCCGAGACUAAACAGACAGCAGAAGCUGUAGAAGAAGAAUGAACUACGGCAAGUAGGAGACUAACAGACCAACGUGUUUAGAAAACCUGUGAUGAGAUCUGGAUGGUAAGGGGAACUCGAAGCUGACUCAGUUUGGACAGAGAGGUUCGUGUCCUCCAGGUGACUCCUCUGAGGUUACAAUGUCCUCAUCCAACACCAAGUUCUCUGCAGUCACAGGAAGUGCUCGGAAGAUCAAAGACAAUGCAGCUGACUGGCACAACCUGAUGGUCAGGUGGGACAAGCUGAACAACGAUGGAUUCCAAUUCGCAACAAACAUCGUCAACAUGAAGAAUUCACAGAAAGAGCAUCAGCCUGUGGAUGACUUCUCUUCAGCUACAGUAUCUCAGUCAUUUCCUCCAGCUGUGCAGCAGCAGACAGCUGGAGCAGCAGAACUGCAAGACGAAUGCUCCAAACUGCAGACUGUUGUUGACCAAAUGGUCGUUAUAGUGGCAAAGAUGGAGCACCUGACAGCCAUUCAGCAAGGAGUCCAGGAUCUAGAGGAGUUCCAGUUUGGUCCUGAAGGAAGAACGUUACCCCUCUGCCACAGCUGGAGGACCAAAGAGUUUGAGGAGUCCUCUCGGGUCCUGUUGGCCGCCUUCAGGCAGGAGCUGAAGUUGAAGCAGACGGUUGUGCAGGAACUUGCCCACACCACCCUCCCUGACCUGCACAUGGUCUACCUGUCCUGUUGGCUCCACCAGCCAUUCCUCCCUGCCCAGACCAGAUUAACGCUGGAAGCACUGCUGCUGGAGACCGGCCAUCGGCCACUGUGACAUCGUCUGUUACCUCCACCAUCGGGGUCCUCCGUGUACAUUAAUGUGUUGGUCAAUGGAAUUGGUUCACUUCAAUACUAGACACCUGUUCUUUUUGUAAAUAUGUAAAUGAAAACUGCUAAAUUGCUGCAAUGAAAUAAACUUUAACUUUCUAUUUUAGGCUGUAAUUUGUUGUGCAAUAAAAGUUCCACCAUAAAUCCCUUUUUAUUUGUUUCACAUAAUUGUAACACAGAUGACUCUGAGUUUGUCCGAUACCAUUCUAAAGUGACAUGGUCAGUUUCUCCAUAUUGUAAAUGUAAAGCAUUAUUUUAACCCAAUCAUCUUCCUUAGGCACUAUUCCACUUCACCACCUCCUGGUAAUUGGCUUUUUGCUGGCCACCAGCAUGAUCCUCAACAUUUUGUAGUCUGUUUUUCCUACUUACAUAGUUUCAAAAGUGUUUUCAAUAAAUUGUUGUGGCCUGUUUUUUUAUCUCGCCUCAGUAUUGUUUUAAAAAUGGACAUCCGUCCUUUCUGCUCCACAUAGUCUUCAAUAUUUUGUAUCGGCAAAUGUUUUUUGUGCUGGUGUUGCAAAGAAUUUUUAUUAUAUUCUUCCAUGCGCUCUCCAAAACAUGGAAUUAAUGGUU